AAGAGAUGGUUGCUAGAUCCAUUCUUACAGGCAUAUACGACGCAAGAAUGGUAUAGGGGACUAAUGCUUAUUAAACCACCCUGAGGACAGCUGAAAAACACCGAGGCUCACGCCGAGAAGGGAGGCGGCGCUCCGAAUGGCCUGGAUGUACUGCACGGAGCCGCAGCCACGCUCCGCCCUCAGCCCGGCGCCGGGUGGGCCCGGGGAACUGGAGCGCCCCGCGCACCGCCCCCGGCAGCUGCUGCCGCGCGGACCCCGCCGCGCUGGGCCGCAGGAGCAAAGCUUUGUGUUUAAAAUGGAAGUUGAUGUGACUGGAGAGUCCAGAACUACCCUCUCCACCCUCUCUGUGCCUCUUGCAGACGUGAGUUCUGCAGCCAGGACGGAAGCAGAAAAGCCACGCUGUUCCAGCACCCCCUGCUCACCAUUGAGGCGGACAGUUGCAGGAUAUCAGAUCCUUCACAUGGAUUCUAACUACCUGGUUGGCUUUACAACUGGAAAGGAACUGCUAAAAUUAGCCCAUAAGUAUAUUGGAAGUGAAGAGAAUAAAGGAGAAUCUGGUCCUAACUUGGGCUCCAAACAUCUUGAUUCAGGACUUUCACGUUCCUCGCGUUUGUACAAAACUAGAAGUAAGUACUUCCAGCCCUAUGAGAUCCCAGCAGUAAAUGGAAGAAGGAGGAGACGGAUGCCCAGCUCUGGGGAUAAAUACAAUAAAGCUUUACCAUAUGAACCUUACAAACCACUUCAUGGUUCCCUGCCUCUCUGCCUUUUGAAAGGUAAAAGGGCUCAUUCAAAAUCCCUAGACUACCUCAAUUUAGACAAAAUGAGCAUUAAGGAACCUGCUGACACAGAAGUGCUACAAUACCAGCUCCAACACCUUACUCUUAGAGGGGAUCGUAUGUUUUCAAGGAAUAGCACAUGAGCUAUCAUCUCAAAUUUAGAAAUUAUUUCUGAUCUUUUGUCUCUUGCUGCAGAAAUCCACUGUUGAAGUGAGUACAUAACUGUUCACAUUGUAGGUGGUUUUAUCAGCUCAGUGUUACCAGGAAGUAAUUUAUUUGAAUACAGUCUGGGCAAUGAAGUGUUCUGCAAAUACUUGGAGAGUGAAAUCUUUCCUGAUCCAGCAGCUUCUGAUGCAGAUUUGACUGCAACUAGUGGAUAUUUCUUUGGACACAUUUUAACAAAAAAAAAAAAGCUUUUGAUUUUUGGGAUUUUUUUUCUGUACUGCUACAUCUAGUGUUUUCAGUAAUUCAAUACUGAAAAAUUUGUGGUGUCUGCUUGGUUGUUUCUAAUUUUGACUUGAUAUUAGAAACUGCUCUUGGAUUAUUACCCAAGGAGGGUUUUUUUUGUUUACUUUUUGUUCCUGUAGUAAAAUAUAUGUGGUUUUCUUGCAGCAUGGACAAGAAAGUGAGCUUGACUGGAUGAACCAGUUGCUAUUUAAACAAUCCAAUUCAUACAUUUUGAGACUGCGCUUGUACUAGUGAUCUGGGUGAGAUUUAUUCGUAAAAGAAAUGUUUGCUACUUGAAUCCUAUCAAAACUGAUUUUUUAGUUUCUGCAUUGAAGUAAUUGCUUUGUCCUUUUUAUUCUAUAGAACAUGUUCAGAAUAAAUCUUUAAGUUAUUUAAAGCAAAUCUUUCAAGAAAUAAAGUGAUUUUUUGUUUGUUUUUUGGGGUUUUUUUUUGUUAGAUUUUGUUUUUACAUUGUUUAGAGACAGAAAAUGGAAUGUCUGUACUGGUAUGUUGGUAAUGUUUUUGAUUUUAAUUUGUGAUUUUCAUUUCAUCUGUAGUAGCAGAAGGUAUCAACUUCAGCAUAGCUUUGGAAAUUUUUGUUUACUUGAAGCACUGAACACAAGCUCUGAAGGGCAGAUUUUUUUUCUUGACAAGAGUGAAAGUGAAAUAUUUCUUGUCAGUGUUGAAGAGAUGAUCUUGAAUUUUACAGCAGAAUAAUGCACUGGUUACUUUUGUUAAUAAGUUUUUAUCCAAAUAUGACAUCAAAUGCAGUUUUGACAGCUGUAUUUCUAGAUGUGUUUGGAACAUUUUGUUUAAUUAGUGUUUAUUUUACUUUAGUUUAAAAAUGGAAGUUUUCAUACUGUAUUUUUUUAGAUGCAGUCUUGUACUGAAGCAGUACAUAACUUGAUUUUUUUCCUGAUGACCUCUGCAGAAGUUAAAAAUAAUUUCAUAUUGCUUUGAAGCAUAAAUUAUUUGAUCAGUUUUUUCUGAUAGGGUCAAGAUUUUUUUUGCUUGUUUGUUUAUCACUCAGAAUUACUAGAAAGCACUAGUUAGUGCAUGUGCUCUGGGAAAUGAAGAGUUCUUAUGCUGUUGCUCUACAGUUUAAGUGAAGGUAGCCCACUAGUGAGCAUUUUGUAGUUUGGUUAUCUUUUAUAGUUUUAUUAGAAAAUACAAAAAAACACCAAUGUGUAUUUUUCAAAGUUAACUGCACUGGUGUAAAUUUAAUGCAUUUAAGAUUGAUCUUGAAAGUAAAGUCUUCCUAUUAGUCUUUAGUUUGAAAAACAGAAUACGGUCAAAUGCCAAAGAGCUGGUGGGUUAUUUAAGGAAUAAACACUACUACUACUGUUUAUUGAAAUAUGAAAUUAAUUUGUAUUUCUGGCUGAAAAAUAAAAAAGGUAUUAUAAACAGUU